CUCUCGGGAACUCAAAGUUUUCCAUUUGAUUUAUGUACGAAUUUCCCAUUAAAUUCAACCGGAAAGUUCUUCCCCAAGCAAUCUCGAGCGUUUGGUUCCGGCCAAAAAGUUUGCGUCUUCUCCAACGCCAACCCCGUCUCUCUCUCUCUCUCUCUCUCUCUCAAUCGCAAUUCCAGGGCCCUUCGAUUUUGGGAAUCAAAUUAGAUCGAAUUCCUGAUUUCGAAACCCUAGAAAAUGUCGCAGAACGGGAAGCUGAUGCCAAAUCUGGACCAAAACAGCACUAGGCUUCUCAAUCUCACCGUUCUUCAACGAAUCGAUCCUUACAUCGAGGAAAUUCUCAUCACCGCAGCUCAUGUCACCUUCUACGAAUUCAACAUCGAGCUCAGCCAAUGGAGUCGUAAGGAUGUCGAAGGAUCUCUGUUCGUCGUGAAAAGGAGUACACAACCUCGGUUUCAGUUUAUUGUGAUGAAUCGUCGAAAUACGGAUAAUUUGGUGGAGAAUCUCUUGGGAGAUUUUGAAUAUGAAGUCCAGGGUCCGUAUUUACUUUACCGUAACGCCACUCAAGAAGUAAAUGGUAUUUGGUUCUACAAUAAACGUGAAUGCGAGGAGGUGGCUACUUUAUUUAACAGGAUACUUAAUGCUUAUUCCAAGGUAAAUCAGAAGCCAAAGGCAUCAUCUUCAAAGAGUGAGUUUGAGGAGCUGGAAGCUGUUCCUACAAUGGCAGUGAUAGAUGGUCCUCUGGAACCAUCUCCAACUACUGCUUCCACUGCGGAUAUUCCUGAUGAUCCUGCUUUCGUGAACUUCUUCAGUUCAGCAAUGGCUCUUGGGAACACUUCAAAUGCCCCGGCAAGCGGACAGCCAUUUCAGCGACCACCAGCAAUGCCUCCGCCAUCUCACCCACCACCAAGCGGUGCUCCUCUAAUCCCAGCAGCUCCACAGAUAAAGUCACAGCCUUUACCAUCAUCUGCUCCUCUGAUGCCACUUCUCGAGAACCCCGAUUCAAACAGCAACAUGAACAUGCCCGCAAAUCUGGUAAAGCCAUCGACUUUCUUUGUUCCUCCACUGUCUUCUUCCUCUAGGAUGAUGCCACCACCAGUCGUCGUUCCUUCUUCUUCUGUGCCCACUGCCCCUCCCCAUAAUCCUAACCCAAAUCUCCACCGCCCUUAUGGUGCCCCAUUGCUUCAGCCCUUCCCGCCGCCAACUCCACCGCCAUCUCUCACCCCCACUCCCUCACCGACCCCGAACUUUAGCCCGGUGAUCACAAGAGACAAAGUGAGAGAAGCCCUUUUGGUUCUUGUUCAGGACAAUCAGUUCAUCGACAUGGUGUAUCGAGCUCUGCAAAACGCACAUCAACCAUGAGAGCUAAGGGAACGAGACACGACACCAGCCGCUUGCUGCGUGAGGUUUUGUGGUUUUGGUUUAGAGUAUUAGGUUAUUAUUACUGUUGUCAUCUCGGGUCCUACCUCGUAACGUUGUAUGGACAACGCUCAAAGGAAUGUAUAAAAAAAAGCUGGCAGCGCCUGGUGUGGACAAGACACUCCUCAGUUGAAUGUUCCAUCAUUUCUUAUUUGUUGAUUUGGCUUUUCUUGGGUUUAUGAUAUAUAAUAAUAUUCCUGUUUUUGUGAGUUACUGAUCGAUUUAACUUUGACAUCCGUUCUUUAAACAUGUAUUGUUCAAAUAGUUUGCAGUAAGCAUCCACAGGUUGAAGCCUUUGGAGUGUACUGCCACUCUUUUCGUCAAAGGUUGGUAUCCCUUUUUCUCAGCUGUUCUUCGUUGUUCAUAUCUGUUCUGUAGCUGCAGCUCUUGGAUGAUUCGACUAGAUGAUGGGUUGGAUUGAGAAUUUUCCAUGAAAAUGAGAUUUGAGGGUUUUCUGUAUCAUGUAGUUGUUGAUUGAACUGAACCAUCCGUAGAACGAACCGUGUGGAAUCAAGAUUCUCUUGGCUUCUGGGUUUCUAAUUCUUGAAAUCGAGCUCGGUGGAUCUAUUUUCGUUUUAUUGUUUGCAGUUUGGUGGGCGGACGCUGUAAAAGGCGACAACAGUACCGACAUUGGCAAGGGCCUAACGCUAAGACGGCAGCUUCUUCCUCGGUAAAUGACACCCUGGGUAUGGCUCAAUCUUCCGAGUUCUCCUAUCUGUCGGCGUUACGGUUUAUAGAAUUGUAAGUGUAGAUGCAAAAUCCCAAUCUGGGUUUUGGUCGUAUGAAUAAUCUCAUCGAAAGGAUACAUCUGGACAGGAA